CAGCAAGGGGGGUCUCGAGACAGCCUUCCUUGACGGGACUGUACGUUGCCUGCAUGGUGGGCGAGGCUCUUCUUUGGCUUGCGGGCUCCCUGGUCCUGCUACUCGCGUCCGUUGUUGACGCCCGUCUUCCCGAUGGACGUGUUCAUGGGAACAUGGCCCCGACGCCCUCGGUUCCCAAGGCACCUGUGCCCAACGAAGACCUGCCCGUUACCGACCGCAACGGCAGCACGAUUCCGCCGUACAACACGACGUAUUACUUCAACCAGCUGAUUGACCACAAUAAUCCCAGCAAGGGCACGUUCGUGCAACGGUACUGGCAUACCUGGGAGUUCUACGAAUCAGGCGGCCCGAUUAUUCUAUUCACCCCGGGAGAAGUAAACGCUGAUGGAUACUACGGUUACCUCACGAACGGGACAAUCAACGGGCGCAUCGCUGAACAGCAGAAUGGCGCGACGAUCGUCCUCGAGCACCGCUUCUACGGCUACUCGAACCCGUACAACAACUUGUCAGUGGCGAGCCUGCAAGUGCACACGAUCGAGCAAGCGAUCCAGGACCUCGUGUACUUUGCAUACAAUGUUGAUUUUCCGAUGCCUGGUGGCGACAGUGUCGAUCCGGACGAGGCGCCCUGGAUCUUGAUUGGCGGGAGCUACUCGGGAGCUUUGACAAGUUUUACGGUGGUCAACCAGCCUGAUGUGUUCCGUGCAGCCUAUGCCUCAUCUGCCGUGGUGGAGAGCAUUGUCGACUACUGGGGAUACUUUGAGCCCAUUAGUGAUUACAUGCCGGAAAACUGCUCGGCAGACGUCGAGGCUGUGAUCGCAUACAUCGACCAGACAUUCAACAAUGGGACGGAAGACGAGAUCAACUCUAUCAAAGAGCUGUUCAACAUGAACUUGACACACUUGGACGACUUCGCCGGUGCUCUGAGGAACAACCUGUGGGACUGGCAGUCUCUACAGCCAGAUAGCGGUCCCGAUCAACAGUUCUUCCAAUUCUGUGAUGCUCUCGAAGUGAAGGACGGUGUGAGCGCGCCCGCGUCUGGAUGGGGCCUCGAGCAUGCUCUAAAUGCAUGGGGCACAUACUGGGCGAACACGUACUACUACUUCAUUUGCGGCGAUUACGACGCAGAGACUUGCUUGGGUACCUAUGACUCCACGGAAUCAUACUUCACAAGCAUCGCUAUUGACGACUCCACGCGUUCCUGGGAGUGGAUUGUGUGCAACUACAUGGGUUUUCUGCAAGAUGGUGCGCCACUCGAUCAUCCGACCCUUGUGAGCCGGCUCAUCCAGCCUAUCUACGAUGAGCGCCAGUGCACGUAUUUCUUCCCUGAGCAGUUUAGCUCACCACCUACUCCGGAUGUAAACGCCACAAAUGCAGCGUAUGACGGGUGGUACGUGGAUGUCGAUCGGUUGUUCUUUGCCAACGGACAGCGCGACCCAUGGCGCGAAGCGACCGUAUCUGCCGACGGGCAGGACUUUCAAAGCACACCGUGGCAGCCGAUCGUCGAGGGGAACGGAUACCACUGCUCUGACCUCCUGACGGGCAAUGCAGAGGUGGACGAGACUAUCGCGGCGGUGCAGGCCGAAGGGCUUGCUGCGAUGGCGGUCUGGCUGGAGGGCUGGGAGCCCAGGUCUGUGGCUAGCUCACGGCGGUAGCGAUCUGUAUAUCUGGAUUGGGGCAGAGGGCAAGCCAGACAGAACCGCUCCAAGUGGUCCCAGCGCGGACAAUGCAGGACGCCCGGGCCGCCAAGAGGCAGCCGAUGUAUCUGGCUUUAGGGCUUUUGUUAGAGAAUUGAGUUUGGCAAUCGAUGUUGCAGAUGGCAGAAAAGUCUUGUACUG